AUGGCAAUGAAAUCGGCACUGAGUCGAGGAAUCGUGGCUCGUUCAAUGGACUCAACAUCUCGUGGAGCUUUCACUCGCUUCUUCAGCAACAAAGGUAAGGUUCUUAGCGAGGAAGAACAAGCCAAAGAAAACGUCUACAUCCAGAAAUGGGAGAGGGAGAGAUUGGAGAAACAGAAGCAAGAGGCUGAGAAGGCUAAGGCGGAGAGAGCCAAAGAGAGUGCUGAUAACAAGAAAUCUGAUGGGACUCAAAAGAGCUGA